AUGGGCCGUGCAGGUACGGCUCUGUCAUGGCUCCGGACCUUCCUAGAGGGUCGAUCUCAGAUGGUGAAGCUGGGAGACACAGGGGCGGGGCAGCAGAGGGUGGGGGAGUGCUGUGCUCAAAGUGGGAACACGCGGCGGAACGGCCACCAACGCAAAAUCAACCAGCAGGAAGAAAGCUGUCAGAACCUGACGGACUUCACCCCGGCCCGAGUGCCCAGCAACCUGGACAUAUUCACAGCCUACAACGAAACUCUCCAGUGCUCCCAUGAGUGCGUGAGGACACCCGUGCCGAUCUACACGGAGGAGACCAUCCUCUCCCCGGGGGAUUAUAAGGCAUCCUUCAAUGGGAGCAGACCCUCCUCUUCCGACCGGCACCUCAUUCCUGUGGCCUUUGUUUCUGAGAAAUGGUUUGAAAUCUCCUGCUGACCAGACGAAGUCUAUUUUACUUCCUGGGGGCGGGGCAGACGCCAUGUGUCUUUUUCCUGGUAGGUACUUUCUCUU